GCCGCUGCCCUUACCCAACAUGGCGGCGCUUGCUUCAGCGGCGGGCGGUGCCGGCGCCUGCCCGCUGACGCGAGGCGGCCCCAUUGUGCGGUGCUGAGGUAACGCCGCGGCCUGUUCCACCGGCGAUGGAGGAGGACGGCGGGGCGGGAGCGGCCCCCGCGGCCCCCGCCGGCCUCUCGGCCUCCCAGCGCCGAGCCGAGCUGCGGCGGAAGAAGCUGCUGAUGAACUCGGAGGAACGGAUCAACCGCAUCAUGGGCUUCCACCGGCCCGCGGCGGGCAAGGAUGAUGAAAGUCACACAGAAUCAAAGCUCCAGCAUGAACAAGAUAAAUCCGUUCCUUCAGUUUCCAAGCGAAUUGUGCUGGGUGAUACUGUCUGUAGCAUGGCAGGCACAGCUGACCAUGCAGGUGGCAUGACAGACCUCAAAGGGGAGAAGGACUUGUUCGCUAAAACACCAGACCUUGUCAAUGAGGGCACAACCGAGCUCCGGCACCGUGGCAGAGGGGAACUGCCACCUGAAGCUGCAGGACGGCCACCUAGACACGGAUUAGACCAGUACUUGUCUAGAUUUGAAGAAGCUCUGAAGCUGAGGAACCAGCUGAUGAAUGAGAAGCCAAGCCAAGAGAAUGGGAAUGCAGCGGAGGAGUUUGACUCCUUCCGCAUUUUCAGAUUGGUGGGGUGUACUGUGCUUGCCAUCACUGUCAGGGCGUUUGUGUGCAAGCACUUGUCAAUAUUUGCACCAUUUCUUACUCUACAACUUGCUUACAUGGGCCUGGCCAAGUACUUUCCAAAGUAUGAGAAGAAGGUGAAAACGACGGUGUUAACCGCUGCUCUCCUCCUGUCUGGAAUCCCUGCGGAAGUGAUUAGUCGCUCCAUGGACACCUACAGCAAAAUGGGAGAUGUUUUCACAGACCUCUGUGUCUAUUUCUUUACUUUCAUCUUUUGCCACGAACUCGCUCUGGCUUUUGGUUCUGAAGAGCCAUGAUGUAGAAUUGAACGCAGUAGUUACACUAAAGCUUUCUGGACUGUUUUCCUUUAGCAUCUGACUGUGCAGACAGGUUUCAGCCUUCAUUAAAUUUCUUAACCUGUUCAAAUACUUGAAAGGAGCCUUAAAUCCAGUCAUUUGGGGAAAGGAAGAGCAGGGUCCCAGACUGCCAGUUGUAUUGAGUCAGUUUAUUUAAAUGCUGUAUCUGCCUAUUACAAAUGUGAAGAACAGGGGGCAAGUGUCAGAGAGUGAUUUAUUUGGUCCAGUUUGAUGAUGCCCUUCUCAGCCUCCUUCAUAAACAUUUAAAAAGCUGCCUUUGUUCUUCUCAGUGAGGACAAAGAGAAUGCCAUAGAGCAGAACCAUAUAGAUAUAUAUCUCCAGUAUGACUGUAGCUAAAAAGAACUCGUUUUGUGGUGGUCCCAUUUUCUUUAAGCAAGCUCUAAAUAAAAGAAAGCCCUUUCUUCUCCUGUUCAGAAUGUUGAACCAAGUAGCUGCUUCUGGAGAACGAUGGCGAAACAUGCCACCUUGUUGUCCUAAUCCUUGCCUUGCUCUACAUUGUGAUUGUGAUUCAUUUUGAUGGUUAUAAUGCAAAACAGCUAAGCAGAGACACCAACAAAGUAAGUCCUAGUCUUUACAACUGUUACUAACCGAAAAGUAGGGAGAAACACAAUUGUUCAUGUCGCCUGUUUGUGACUUUCCAGCAUCCUAAUCCUAGUGCAGCCAUUCCCGUGCUUUCAUCCUCAUGCCUUUUCUUUAAGAGUUAAUUUCAUGAGGGGAAAGUUGUAUAUAUUGGCAACCGACCUGCAGGAUCUGCUGUUUGCUCUGGUGCAUGUAAAACUUAAAAGGGAACUGUUUGUUGUCCGGCUCCUGGCAGGACUGCAGAAGACAGCUUUUAAUAUGACAUUCAUUUCUGUGCUUUGUUUAUCCUGUAAACAGGAUCUUAACAGAGGAGUUCUGCUCCUGCAGCGUCCUACCCAGCAGUGCACAGCCUCUGAUGCAGCAGAACUCUUCAUCUCAGCUCGGUUUGGGGUGUUUCUGACCUCGCCCCCAUGAAAUUGCAGGGACCAUUCCUGUUUAAAUCCUGUACCACAAAGCUCAAAACCAGGGCUUUGAGCUGCGAACGUGGAGUAACGGAGAACAGCCUUUGGUGGGGUUUUAUUGUGGAUGUGGAUGUCUCAAUAGGGGAGACAAUGACAAAUACAACUGAAUCCUGUCUCUGGUUAACGUGGGAAGCUCCUGAAUGUGUUUGUUCUCAAUCUUGCAUGAAUUUUGCACAGGGAGAGGAAGGAGGUGUCGUUCCAAAUAGUCAAACACUGAUGAUCUCCAGUACUUUCUGUUGAAGCUAAAUUUGGUAGUGGUGUCAGCUUGUAGCUUUCUGGUUAGAAUCUGGACUUUCAGGCAAUCUCAGCAAUGCCCUUUUUUAGCACAGGGAAACCCCCGUUUAGCUCAGUGUUUGUCUGCAGAAAUACUUUUAGGGAGCAGAAGAGUUUGACCCUGGCUCUGCAAAGCAAAGGGCUCCGUGUUCUGCUGCUGCCUUUCUGUUCAAGCUUCCCGCUGUUACUGUAGCACAGCAUUUCUGACUCCUACAUUAGAUACAGGUUUGUUUGUGGCAUGAAAACAAGAAGCUUAUGUUUUGAUUUGACUAUUUCCAGGCUUGUUUUUUACUGAUUCUUUUUCAGGUGUCCAGGGCCGAGCUGCAGAAUGUUCUGAUGUAGUUCUGUUAGCACAAAUAUUUAUUCAGAAGCUUUAAAUUCGUUUGUAUUAGACAGGAAUUUCAGCAGAUUGAAAUGGCUGUCAUUUAAAUUCAGGGUGAGGUAUGUACAUAAUGAGUUUGCUCAGAAGUUGCACUUGUUCUGACCCUAUUUAUAUGCCCAAAUGUAAUACAAAUAAACUGCCAAAAUACUGUGUACUAACAUC